GUGUCAGGACGCUAUGGUUUCUGGGCCCCUCCGGGAAGCUCAACAAAAACAACCUGCAGCUUAGAGCGAGCGCGCCCGCCCGAGGCGGGUGUUCGGUGGGUGGCGAAUGCCCGCCCGAUCUCUGCGGGGUUCUAGCGGGGCCCGGCCCGGCGCGGAGAGACUGGAGAGGUUUGGAGACCCAGCCUAGAAUUCACAUUUAUUGAACAAGGAAACGUGAAAAUGAGCAGCCGGCGGAAACGGGCUCCCCCAGUGAAGGUAGAUGAGGAGAAGCAGCAGCAGCUUCGUUGGAACAUGCACGAGGACAGGAGAAAUGAGCCGCUGUCCCUAGCCGAGGAUGAGCAGCACUGCCCAGGGCCCGACUCCUCUCCACAAUGCAUCCUCCUGGAUGAUGUGGAUGAUGGUCCUCAGGAAGAAGUGGUUCACAGAGAUAAGAAGAGGUGUUCCAAGGCUGUGAGCUUCCCAAUGACAAGUGAGAAAGAAGAAACUGAUCUUCCCUCUUUGUGUGUGAAACUGAAUAUUGUGAUUUUUCCGUAUGACUUCGACACAUGUUGGAAGGCAUUUCUGGGAGAAUUAACUCUUCGGCUUCUUCCUGAACAGAGUUUAGUUGAAAAUUUUUCCAAGAGGAGUUUUACUUUGAUGAGUUCAGAGUCAAGCAGUCAGUUCCUGAUACAUACUCAUUCUGAAUGCGAAGAUGCCGAGAAACAAGAAAAGGGACUCAAAGAAUCAGUCAACAUUUGUGACGAGGGGGUUCGUGUGGAAUCAUCCUUCAGUGGUGAAAUGUUAGAAGACCUGGGAUGGCUACAAAAGAAGAAAAGAAUAAAACUUUAUCAAAGACCAGAAGGAAGUCACAUUAUCAAGGUUGGGAUUUAUAUCCUGGAAGAUGGCCUAGCAAAACUGGAUUCUUUCAGUGACGCAAGUUCAAGAAUGAAAAAGUUCAAUCAACUUAUGAAGAAGGUGAUGGAAAAGUUAUAUAAUUUUAUUAUUCCAGAAGUGUUAGAAGAUGAUGAGGAAGAUUCAGAUAGUGAGCCGGAGGGCCAGGACGUCGAUGAGCUCUAUCACUUCGUGAAGCAAGCGCACCAGCAGGAAACGUGCUCUGUGCAAGUAGAUGUGCAGCAUCCUGCCCUGACCCCCGUGCUGAGGCCCUACCAGAGGGAGGCUGUCAACUGGAUGCUACAGCAAGAGCGCUUCCGCAGUGCUCCCACUGAUGAAAGUUCCCUGCACUUCUUGUGGCGAGAGAUUAUUACACCUGAGGGUUUGAAACUGUAUUAUAAUCCAUACACAGGCUGCAUCAUCCGUGAGUACCCGUGUUCCGGGCCACAGUUGCUUGGUGGAAUCUUAGCAGAUGAGAUGGGUCUUGGAAAAACAGUGGAGGUUUUGGCACUGAUUCUGACACAUACUCGGCAAGACGUCAAACAAGAUACUCUUACUCUUCCUGAGGGAAAAGAGGUGAAUUAUUUCAUCCCAUCCCACCGUUUUGGAGGAUCAGUAAAAGACACAGAAGCACCGAAUAUGGAAUUUGAACCAAAAGAAAAAGUUCAGUGCCCCCCUACACGUGUGAUGAUCCUGACAGCUGUGAAGGAGAUGAAUGGGAAGAAAGGAGUCUCCAUCCUUUCCAUCUAUAAGUAUGUCAGCUCUAUGUACAGAUACGACGUUCAGCGCAACAAGAGUCUUCUCAAACGCAUGCUGAAAUGUUUAAUUUUUGAAGGUCUUGUGAGACAGACCAAAGGUCAUGGUUUCUCGGGGACCUUUACAUUGGGGAAGAAUUACAAAGAGGAAGAUAUAUGCAGCAAAAUAAAAAAGCAGGCAGUAGGAAGUCCAAGGAAAUUUCAGAAAGACCCUAGAAAAGCAGGAAAGAAGGACCCAGACUCUGAAUAUUUGCCAUCAAAUACCUCUGAUGAUGAUGAUGACCCUUACUAUUAUUAUUACAAAGCCAAGAAAAAUCGUACUAAAUGGAGGAGGAAGCCUAUGCCACCCACGAGAAAAGGAAAAAGUCAGCCUGACCUCAAUGCUGACAUACUAGGUCACUGUGCAGCCACAAGUGACUGUGCGAUUGCUGAUGUUACCAUGUCUGAAAGUACAUGUGUCCCUGAAGUCAAGCACGAGCAAGAAGCUGAGGACCAUGGUGAAUCUCUAAGCCAUGCUGGGAAUGAGAGCCCCCAUUCUAAUGUCAUGAGUCCCUAUGACAAUGCUGAUUAUCGCUUUGAAUGCAUAUGUGGUGAAUUUGACCAAAUAGACCGCAAGCCUCGUGUUCAAUGCCUGAACUGCCACCUGUGGCAACAUGCAAAGUGUGUGAACUAUGAAGAGGAGAACCUGAAAAUUAAGCCUUUUUACUGCCCCCACUGCCUUGUUGCAAUGGAGCCUGUGUCGACCAGAGCAACUCUGAUCAUCUCUCCGAGCUCCAUCUGUCACCAGUGGGUAGAUGAGAUCAACCGGCACGUGAAGUCAUCGUCUCUCCGGGUCUUGGUAUAUCAAGGAGUAAAGAAAGAUGGCUUUUUACAGCCUCACUUUUUGGCAGAGCAGGACAUAGUCAUCAUCACCUAUGACGUCCUUCGUUCAGAGCUAAACUAUGUCGAUAUUCCACAUAGCAAUAGUGAGGAUGGGCGCCGCCUACGGAACCAGAAGCGGUACAUGGCCAUCCCCAGCCCUCUGGUCGCUGUGGAGUGGUGGAGAAUCUGCCUUGAUGAAGCUCAGAUGGUUGAAUGUCCUGCAGUGAAAGCUGCAGAAAUGGCCCUGCGUUUGAGUGGAAUUAAUCGGUGGUGCAUCAGCGGCACUCCAGUGCAGAGAGGCCUGGAGGAUCUUUUUGGGUUAGUGGUCUUCCUUGGUAUCGAACCUUACUCUGUCAAACACUGGUGGGUCCGGCUCCUUUAUCGUCCUUACUGCAAGAAGAAUCCUCAACAUCUGUACAGCUUUAUUGCCAAGAUACUGUGGAGGUCUGCAAAGAAAGACGUGAUCGACCAAAUUCAGAUACCCCCGCAGACUGAAGAGACGCACUGGCUGCACUUUUCUCCAGUGGAAAGGCAUUUCUAUCACCGGCAGCAUGAGGUGUGCUGCCAGGAUGCUGUGGUCAAACUCAGGAAGAUUUCUGACUGGGCCCUGAAGCUCAGCAGCCUGGACCGCAGGACAGUGACCUCCAUCCUGUACCCAUUGCUCAGGCUCAGGCAGGCCUGCUGCCACCCGCAAGCUGUGCGUGGGGAGUUCUUGCCUCUGCAGAAAAGCACCAUGACGAUGGAGGAGCUGCUGACAUCUCUGCAGAAGAAAUGCGGGACUGAAUGUGAAGAAGCACAUCGGCAGCUCGUCUGUGCCCUCAACGGCUUAGCAGGCAUCCACAUCAUUAAAGGCGAGUAUGCUCUGGCAGCAGAACUGUACCGAGAAGUGUUACGCUCGUCUGAGGAACACAAAGGAAAACUGAAAACUGAUUCACUUCAAAGACUUCAUGCUACCCAUAACUUGAUGGAAUUGCUGAUGGCCAAGCACCCAGGGAUACCUCCUACUUUGCGAGAUGGGAGACUUGAAGAAGAGGCCAAACAGCUGCGAGAGCACUACAUGAGCAAGUGUAAUUCGGAAGUAGCUGAAGCCCAGCAAGCUUUGCAGCCCGUGCAGCAAACUAUACGUGAGCUCCAAAGGAAAAUUCGUUCUAAUUCUCCUUGGUGGCUGAAUGUAAUCCACAGAGCAAUAGAAUUUUCUAAAGAUGAGGAACUUGUUCAGCGAGUACGAAAUGAAAUAACCAGCAACUACAAGCAACAGACUGACAAGCUUUCUAUGUCAGAGAAGUUUCAUGACUGCAGAGGUCUUCAGUUCUUACUUACAACACAAAUGGAUGAGCUCAAUAAAUUCCAGAAGCUAGUAAGAGAAGCUGUCAAAAACCUAGAGAAGCCUCCAUCUCGUAAUGUUAUUGAAUCUGCAACAAUGUGCCACCUCCGGCCAGCCAGACUGCCUCUCAACUGCUGUGUCUUCUGUAAGGCUGAUGAAUUGUUCACAGAGUACGAGUCAAAGCUCUUUUCUAAUACAGUCAAAGGCCAGACUGCAAUAUUUGAGGAGAUGAUAGAAGAUGAAGAAGGCCUGGUGGAUGAUCGAGUUCCCACCACCACCCGGGGGCUGUGGGCAAUAAGCGAGACAGAGCGAUCCAUGAAAGCAAUCCUGUCAUUUGCACGAUCACACAGAUUAGAUACUGAAUUCAUAGAGGAAGGCAGUGCUUCAAUGGAACUCUUCGAAGCAUGGAAAAAGGAGUAUAAGUGGCUUCACGAGUACUGGAUGACACUGAGGAAUCGCGUGUCUGCUGUCGAUGAACUUGCAAUGGCUACAGAACGACUAAGAGUGCGGCACCCUAAGGAACCGAAGCCCACCCCACCCGUUCAUCAUAUCAUUGAACCCCACGAGGUAGAACAGAAUCGUAUAAAACUACUAAAUGAUAAAGCCGUUGCUACAUCACAGCUUCAGAAGAAACUUGGGCAGCUGCUUUACCUAACUAAUUUGGAAAAGUCUCAAGACAAAACAUCAGGAGGUAUUAAUCCAGAACCUUGUCCAAUCUGUGCUCGACAGCUGGGAAAACAGUGGGCAGUACUGACCUGUGGGCACUGCUUCUGUAAUGAGUGCAUCGCUAUCAUUAUCGAGCAGUAUAGUGUGGGCUCUCACAGAAGCUCCAUUAAAUGUGCCAUCUGCCGCCAGACUACAGCUCACAAAGAAAUCUCCUAUGUCUUCACCUCAGAGCAAGCAAGCCAAGAGGAGGACAUUCCUGUGAAGGGCAGCCACUCCACAAAAGUGGAAGCAGUGGUCAGAACGCUCAUGAAAAUCCAGCUGACAGAUCCAGGAGCGAAAGCCCUUGUUUUCUCAACGUGGCAAGAUGUAUUAGAUAUUAUUUCAAAAGCUCUUACCGACAACAAUAUGGAAUUCGCACAAAUCAGCCGUGUUAAAACAUUUCAGGAGAACCUCUCUGCAUUUAAACAUGAUCCCCAAAUCAACAUUUUACUGCUGCCCCUGCACACGGGUUCUAAUGGACUAACUAUCAUUGAAGCAACGCACGUUCUCUUGGUGGAGCCCAUCCUGAACCCGGCCCACGAGCUGCAGGCCAUAGGGAGGGUGCACCGAAUUGGCCAGACCAAGCCUACUAUUGUACACAGAUUCUUAAUUAAAGCAACAAUAGAAGAAAGAAUGCAGGCAAUGCUGAAAACUGCAGAGAGGAGUCACAUGAACGGAUCAGGGAAGCAUUCAGAGGCCUCCGUGCUGACCGUGGCUGAUCUGGCGGACCUGUUCACCAAAGAACCUGAAGAGCUUGAAUGAGCACCGCUUGCUUCAUUCCACACUUCUCUCAUGUAUUAACAGACUUCAUAGAUGUAGGUAGAAAAAUGGUACACAUUUUGAAAAACUCCAGUAGACAUCAGUAAACACUUCCUAGUCAAAAGAAUUUGUUUUCUUUUUUGGUUAUACACUGGCCUACUAUUUAUUGAGUCUUCUUCAAUUUACCAUUUUCAAAAGAUUAUAAAGAUUUUAGAUUGUCCAGCCCUAAUAAAACAUGUAUUUUUGUUGCAAAAAAUAUCUGAUGGAGCAAAAAUUAAAGAGCAAAAAUGAAUUUUUUUUUUUUUUUUUUUAAUAAGACCAGUGAAUCAGGAUAAGAGAGAAAAGCAGUAGUCUAGUUCAGUAUGACCUGGUUUUUUUCCACCUACAUAGAUCUCAGUUUUGGAAGAGGCCUUGGUGUCUUUAGUACAUGAUUUGCCAAUAAAUAUGUUGUCAGAAGUAUUUUAAGUAAACUAUACUGAAGUGUAAGAACUCCUAGUCGUGUAGGUUUCAACUAUAACAUCUUGCAUAGUGACUUCACAGUAACUCAGCUUCCACAGUAAGUCAGUGGUAGGAAUCGUCUCUCUGCAUCUUGCUACUAAAAUGAAAAUAUUUUACCUAUUUUUCUGUUAGGUGUUAAGUGGUGUCAGUGUUAAUUGAUUAGCUCUACAUAGCAUUUUUAAGUGUAUCAACAUUUACCUUACAAUUAACUGUUUUCCACUCUUUAAUUUUUUAUUGUUUUUAUAUAUUUUAAUUGAUAUAUGUAAAUAUUGCAAUUUUUAUGAUUAUUGGUCCUACCAUUAUAACAUGAAAUUAUGGCAGGUUUUUUAAAUCGUUCUUAUACUGAUGUCUUGGUCCGUUUUCCUUUCUUGUGUUCUUAUGUAGCUGUAGCUUUUAGCCACUAACACUUAAAUUCAUAGUAGUUUUUGGUUUUUUUUUUACCUCAGUUCAGUCAUUCUUUCCUAAAGGAAUAGUAUUUUAUCUUUUCAUCAAGAGACUGCUUUGUUCACAUAAGCAAAUAGUUGUAGCGAUGAACUCCAACUGGUAAUUCUUCUGUGAAGAGCUAAUGGACUGUGAAUCGGUAACGGAGGAGUGGCUCCCCGCAUCGAGCCGUUGACAUAGUACAAGUGCUCUUGUUUUGCUUUGCAUUCUCCAGUCCCUCAGAGUUUAAGUGGCUGUAGGACUCACUGGCUCCUACUUAGCCGCCCAGACAACUGUAAUAGAAAUACCACUGGACCUCCUUAACUGAGAGGCUUUGGUGCUUAGCAAAGGUGCAUUUUCUUACUCCAGGUUCAUGGUGUGACCAUUCAGCUGAAGAAAACACACAUUUCUGGUGCUUAUUCUUUAGUUGAAGGGAAGUAUGCGUUUAUUCUUUUAUAUGAAAUUAACCAGAAUUAUUAUUUUUGUAGCUCUUUACAUAUCAUGAAGAGCUGUUGUGUAUAUUUGUGGGUUUAUUUCCAAGCAACCCUAUAAAAUUGGUGUAACUAAUAGCAUUCCUCUUCUGACAAUAAGGAGCGGAGAGGUUCAGAAGUACUGAGAGACCCACCUGUAACACGUAGCAGGGACCCAGGGCUCAGCGCCCAGCUCCACGGCUCACGUGCUCCCACUAAUCCGAUGUGAUGCUGGGACUCAGAAGCCCGUAGCUGUGCUUUGAUAAUGAAACUUUCCGUAUGGUUGGUUUGCUUCCUACUAUUCUUUUAUGUGCUGUGUUUCAAGGAAAAAAAUUUGGUAUGCUUCAAUUUUGUAAAAAUAUAUGUAUACUGAUAGAUACACUGAUCUGCAUUAGAGAAAAACUACUCUUAUUUAUUUCUGUAAGAUAGCUUCAAUUAAAUAAAUAUUUUA